CGUUAGUAGGACAACACAACAUCCUACUUCCUUACUUACACCCGGCUAACAUGAGUCUGAGGAAGGGGUAUUGUCGUUGCUCAUGAGCCUUAUCGACACAAACCCGAAGGAUUCCGUAAUGUAAACAUUAAUUCAAUGGACUGUGAGUGUGAAACUGGGUGACAUCAUCAUGCCAUCAGCAAAGAUGCAGAAAAAUGCCCAGUACAUUGAAUUGGGCAGUUACCAGUAUUGGCCAGUUCUGGUGCCCAGAGGGAUCCGCCUGUACACUUAUGAACAGGUGCCUGGCUUUCUUAAAGAAAACCCUUAUAUCACGGAUGGUUACAGAGCCUAUCUCACCUCUAGACUGUGCAUUAAAAGCCUUUUCAUUCUGUCCAAUGAGACGGUAAACAUCUGGAGCCACCUGUUGGGCUUCUGCUUAUUCUUCACAUUGGGAGUUUAUGAUUUGCUGGCUGUGCUGCCUACGUUAGGAGCGUCCAGAGAGGAUUAUGUCAUCUAUUCCAUAGGACUAUUCUGCUUCCAGGUGUGCAUGCUGUGUUCUGUGGGCUAUCACCUGUUCUGCUGUCACCGCUCCGAAAAGACCAGCCGCCGCUGGAUGGCGUUGGACUACGCUGGCAUCUCCAUUGGAAUCAUAGGCUGUUACAUUCCAGGAGUGUUCUACGCCUUCUACUGCAAUAACUACUGGCGGCAGGUGUACCUGUUAACUGUUCUGGCUAUGAUGCUGGCGGUGUUCUUCGCCCAGAUACACCCUCAUUACUUGACCAAGAAGUGGCAGCAGCUACGCUCCGUUAUAUUCUGUGCUGUCGCAGGAUACGGCCUAAUCCCAACUGUUCAUUGGAUCUGGCUCAGCGGGGGGUUCAGCGCAGACAUAGUCCAGGAAUUUGUUUUCCGGGUGCUGGUAAUGUACAUACUUGCUGUAGCCGCUAUCGUCUUCUAUACCUCCAAAGUCCCAGAGCGGUAUUUUCCAGGUCAGCUGAACUAUCUGGGCUCCAGCCAUCAGAUCUGGCACAUAUUGGUUGUGCUUAUGUUCUACUGGUGGCAUCAGUCUGCACUUUCCUUAACCAACCACCGUCAUUCUCAUCCUUGCCCAGACUACCCUCAUCAUUCCUAGAGUAAUAGGCUCGUGUCACCCAUGAGGACCGUUGUUUAGUGUUUUAAAUUAUAUUUAGGCUUCAACACGGUUAGUGUUUCUACGUUAGCGAGGUGUAUGGAUUUUUAAAUUGUUGGCAAUUUUGACAUUUUAUACAUUUUGUAAAAGUGCCUAUAGCUGUGGCUAUCGAAAUAGUUAUAAAAAGGCUCUUAACACACAUAUUGAGAAGCAGACUUAGGAUUUUCAAAUUUAAGGCGAAGCAUCAUUUCACAGCAUUUGCCAGGGGGUGGGUUUCUAUGUCUUAAGAGCAGAAGGGCACAAAGAAUGUAUUUUUCUGUCUGUGUUGAGGUUACAUGCAGUAUUGAUCAGUAAUGUUGGGGGGUUUGUUACAUAAUAGUUAUGCAUUCAGUAUUGUUUGUUCAAUGCUAUUUCAGUUUCUACUUUUUGUAUUUGUAUCUAGAAUACAGGCCUACUCGCAACCAUUUGCUGGAACACGUUUUACAGUAAACGUAUGUACACUACACUAUAUUAGUCUCAUUUGUGAAACAAAAUAAACCAAAGCGGUUUAGUAGAUGUUGUUCCUUGGUAAGCAAGUAUUUAAUGUGUAUCUGCAUUUGUAAACUUGUACAAUUUGUGUUGCAGUAGGAAGAGGUCUUGUUGAUUUUUUUAUCUUAAACUGGGGCCGGUUGCAUAAACUGCUUAGAAGUUAGUCAUCAAAUGUUUUUCAUCAAUACUGGUCAUAACUUCUUUAAAUCAGUCACAUAAAAAGGUAGAUUAGGCUAAUUGAAAUAUGAAAAGACUGAUUAGUCCUAACUAAUUGCUAGUCAGUGAGACACAGUCUUAACUUAGUGGCUAAGUUUACAGAACUGGACGUCCUAAAACAGAAUUUAACUCGCGUGGGUUCAUAAUGUUAAACUGAGGGAUGAGACAUGCUUUAAAGAUACUCAGACUUUGUGAAAUACAGCUACAUGUUCCUCAUUAAUGACCUAUAGAUUUUAUUUAAUUGUUGGCUAGUUUGACAUUAUACUUGACAGGUUGAUAUGUAAAGUUUUUUUUCUGAGCUGUUACUGAAUUAUGAGUGCAUAAGUUAUGGCUAUUUUUAUUUAUUUUACCACAUAUGUUGGGAUAUGCCUCCCCAUAAAAGAGGAAUAUUCCAGAUUUAUCGGAAUAAAUGUUUGUUUUUUCUUUAAUGUCAAUUCUGCUCACUCCAUUUCAUAGAAAUAAAUUAUGUAAACUGUUA